AGAGAGUUUUGGGAGAGAUCCGGCAUGGCGAUCAUGUGGUGUAUCAAGGUCCAUCCCAGCAUGGAGAUGACGGUGGACGAAUUCAAAGCGUGGCUGCGCCACUUUGAUGCCAAUCAUGACGGACGGAUUAACGAGGAAGAGCUGAAAGACGCGCUGCACAGCCUGAGAGUACGGCUCGGAUGGUGGAAAGCACACCAGGGGAUGAAAGAAGCGGAUUGCAACCAUGAUGGCCAAAUUGAAAGCGCCAAGGAGAUUGAAAAGCUGGUGAAUUACGUUCAGAAACGCUUGCACAUGAAAAUUAUCAGAGUGAUUGGUGAUUUGAUAAUUUUGCUAUAUAAGAUGUGUUUGCAAACCUCUCCAUGCAAGUAUAUACUUUACGACUAUUAUGAAACAAGAGAGGAGCUCGAGGGAGGCUCCGGUGUGGUGGACUUCGAAUUCUCGGUGUCCAACUACUCCAUGAUGAGUGCCGAUGAGCUUUUCUUUAAGGGUAAGCUUUUGCCGUUUAAAGAUAAUGGUAGCAAUCAAAUGCAAAGGACUUUGAGAGAAGUGCUUCUUAUUGUUGACGAUGAGACACCUACAAAGCGUUCCGCAAGGUGGAAGGGAUUUCUAAGUCCAAAAAGAACCCACAUUGGUUCCAAAGAAGCUGACAAGAGAAAAGGUCUAAAAGAUCCGGUUUUUCUCAUGAGGACACCCAUGUUUCCAAGACUUCACAAGUGA